AAAUAGCUGAUCUGUAGUUCCACCAGAGACGGUACCAGUCAGUCGAAAACGCGGAAAUUACGUCCCAGGAAAGUCCUUUGAUGACUGUCAGAAUAUAAGACAUGCAUAUUUCUAAAGACAGACCUAACGUUGACGUUAGAGCUCGUUAAGAGACAUUCUCGCUCUCUUUCGGGAGGCUCAGGCGUUUCUCUUCAAGUGGACAGGAGGGCUUACUUAACUACACAUCAGUGAUGGCCCCAGAAGAUUUUAAAUCCCAGACAAUGGCCAUUAUCAGCUGUCUUUUUCAAAAUGAAAGGGAUAUGUUUGAAACCGAUGGUCCUGGUAGCCUUGAAGACGAAAAUGCCGAUGUAAUGAAGAUAGCUGAUAAGCUCAGACAGCUGGGAGAUCUGUACGACGAGACUGUGAUCCAGCCACUCAUGAAAGACGUCCGGGCAGCCUCGAAGCAGCAGGUAGAGACGGCUUUCACUAAUGGUGUUGAGAGCCUGAGUAAGAUGUGGGUGGCAGAGAGAGCAGAGGUGGUUCCUGAGAAGCAUCUCCUGAAGGCCACAAUCACACUUGCUAUUUACAUGAAGAAGAAUUGCCCUGAUGUUACUGGAGUCCAGGAUGCUGUGACCAGCUUCAUCAACAACCGGCUGGCCAGUUGGAUCAUUCAGCAGGGAGGCUGGGAAAAGGCCUCUUUAUCCUGUGACUGAUUGAGCUCUAGGAUUACCUCAACUGUUGAAUUGGAAGAAGGUGCACUUUUCUCAGGAUUUUCAGUUGUGAAUGCAAGAUGAAAUAACCCCAUAAACCAAUGAUAUCCAAAAUGCUGUUUAUUUACGCCACACAAACAGUGAGCCAAUUGAGUGUAUAUCCACUAUGUAUUGUGUGUGUGAUCAAGUUUGUGUUUUAUAGUGUACUUUUAAAGCCCUUGGAAUCAAAACCUUUAUCGAAUCGAUAGCCUUUGGAAUUGUUUCGUCUUUACCUCCCUUUACUACAACCUUAUCUUUGUGACAUCAUUUGAAUUAUAAUGCAACUAAUGAAUCCAUUCAUUAUGAUUUUAGCUUAUCAGGAGAAAAGAAUUAAUUAGUUAAGCAUUGAACAUUUAACAUUAUACACAAUGUUUUAUUUAAAAGGGGAAAAAUAUUAUUUAUCUGUUUGCACAAUGCUCUUUCAAACAAUGUAUGCACUGUAUUUUAUUAAGGGCAUAUUGACUUUUGGUCUGGAUAAUGCUGUUUUAAUCAAUGUCUGUGUGUGUGUGGGGGGUAAUGCAUAAUCACAAAUUAAUAUGGUAUAGAAAUAAGAAAAUAAAGGGGGAUUCCACUGAUUUUUCAAAAUCUCUGCUUAAUAUGUCAGCCAAGGCAUUCAGAGUGGUCUGAUGUGGAAAAACGUUGCAUUCUAGAGAAACUUACUGAGUCAGAAUUGUUUACAGUGGUCAAAUGACAGGUUUUCUUGAUUUAAGUGACAGUAGGUACCCUCUAGGUUCUCUACAGAGAGCGCACAUAUUAAUGCAAAAUUAAAAUAGAAAAUGUGCAAGUUCUGUGUUUUCCAAUACGUUAAAAAAAAAAACAUUGUACCUUACAAUUGGCAGGAAAAUUCCACAUUAAAAAGUUCUUUAAAAUAUCCAUCCAUAUAUUACAUAUAUUUUAUAUAUUUAAAUCUACAACACAUGUAGCAUGCUUGUUUGAGUGGAGGUAUUCAAACAUUUGCAUAUGACUGCACAUGCAGGAUGUUCAAAGAAAGUAGUGGCCAAAGAAAUCCUUUUUCCCUUUAGAUAUAAAAUUAUCAUUAUGUAAAAACUCCAUGUUCAGUUGUUUUGGAUAGAACAGAAUUCCAAUCACUACAAUUAUGAGGGAAUCCAAGUUGGCCGAGUUUCGCUACAACACAUCGUAUAAAACACUCUGAAUGGCUUUGUUUACAUCUAAAUAACUGAAUUUUUGAAAAAUCCGUGAAAAAUUCCACUUUUGGUGAUGUACAUAGCAAACAGCAUCGAGACAACUAAGUUGAUAUUGAUGCUGUUUUCAGUAGGUUAUUCAAAGAUUUUAGGACAAGAUUUUUAGGGUGUUGUGGUUUGCUACAUGUACCACUACAAUAGGUAUUUAAAAUUCUGCAAUGCUCAGAGGAUAUUUUAAAGUCACUGCUUUGACAUCCAGAAGGUGCUGUAUUACUCAUGUCACUGUUUUUGUAGAAUGUUAAUUGAACAAAGCUGAAUUAUUUUGUGAAAUGAACCUUAAGAACCAUUCCAAUUCAAGUGAAGGAUAUUUGAUACCUGUUUUUGCACAUUUUUUUGCAAUGAACAAUAAAGACUAAAAAGAGGUUUAAAGGUG